GUGAACAUUUGUGGUUCUGUGAAAGAGUGCGGAACUGUCAGAAAUAAAUCUGUAUCUGGCUGUGAGCUGGAAGAUAAGAAGCCUGUGAGUCAAGUUGGCGUGGAACAGAAUCUCCAGUUCUCCACUGUCGGCUCUCUCACUCUCACAUACAAAGGGGUCCUGGACAAAAAGACAGGUACCGAAGACACCUUCAUCAUAAAUUUUGUGUGUGACCAGAAGGCCAACCCACCCUCUCUGAGGCUUAUACAGGAAGAGCUGGGCACAACUACACACGUAACCCACGAUGUGUUCUUCGAGCUUUCCACUGCGCUAGCCUGUGAACCUGCUCCUGUGGAUUGCCAAGUCACGGAUUUACAAGGUAGAGAGUAUGACUUGAGUGACCUCAGUCUGGAUGACGAGUAUUACGUUCCUCUGGACACCUCAGAUCAGGCCCGCUUUCAAAAGUUUUACAUCAGUGUGUGUAAACCGCUGCCUCGUGUCCAGGGCUGCCCUGCUGGAGCAAUUGGGGCAUGUGGCCAGCUGAAAGGCAGAGGUGUAAAUCUGGGAUACGUGCAGUCCAGCCUGCAGGCAGCGGCAGAUGGCUCCAUCAGUAUUGUUUAUCUGAAUGGGGACAAGUGCGGUUUAGGACGUUACUCCACACGAAUCAUCUUCCAGUGUGAUGACAGUCCUAUAUAG